GGGUUUGAAAUAGCUUUUCUCAAUGGCGGAGAAAGAGCCAUCGCCGGAUCCCGCCGAGACCAACCCAUCAACUGAAAACAUGAAUCUCGAAACCCUUGAUUCAUCUGCCCAAAACCCCAAUGCCAACGGUGACUCGAAAUCGAAGCGUAAGAGAGAAGAAAACGGCGACGUAUCCAAAAAGAAGAAGAUGGACAGGUCCGUAGACGAGGAAAGCCUUGAGAAGAAGUCGGAGUUGCCCGAUUCGGGUCCUGUCCGGCUCGGUCCGAAGGAGUUCGGGUCAUCGGCGGAGAUGUUUAACUACUUUUCCUAUUUGCUUCAUCACUGGGGCACUCAACUGAACUUUAACAAGUAUGAACAUAUGGUAUUGCUGGAUUUGCUUAAAAAAGGCCAUCAGGAGCCUGAGAGAAAGAUUGGUGGAGGGAUCAAAGCUUUCCAAAUCCAAAAUCAUCCAGUGUGGAAAAAUAAAUGUUUCUUUGUGAUCAGGGAGGAUGAAACUGUUGAUGAUUUUAGCUUCCGGAAGUGUAUUGAUCAUAUAAUCCCCUUACCUGAAGAUCUGAAGAUAAAACAUGCCGGAAACAGGGCAUCGGGCGGUGGCGGUUGGAAAGGACGUGGUGGAAAAGCCGGUGGACGAGGCCGUGGGAAGGUUGGUAAGCAUAGAAACCAAGGCAGUAGUUAAAAAUGAAGUUGAAUUUGGAUUAAAUUC